AAGAUGGCGGCGGCCAUGCCGGGCUCCUUCUGAGGGGCUGAGGGCGCAGGGAGGAGGCUGCUCCGGGGCCGCCGCGCCCGCCCACCCCCCGCCACCCCGGCCCGCUCUCUCUCUCGGGGGCCGGCGGAAGAAGCCUCAGGAGGCGUAGCGGCGGCGGCGGCGCCUGGCUCUUCGCGGAGAGGGAGGCCUCGCCUGCGGGCGGCGGAGGCAGGCCCGGCCCGGGUCGCGGAGGCCUCGGCGAGGGGCGGCAUGGAGGGCGCCGGCGGCGGCGUGGCGGGCGGGGGCAGCAACGUGCCCGCCUUCCUCACCAAGCUGUGGACCCUGGUGGAGGACCCGGAGACCGACCCGCUCAUCUGCUGGAGCCCGGUGAGGGAGGGGGCCGGGCGGGGGGUCCCGGGGGGGCGCCCUCCUCCCCUCCCCGCCCCACGGAGGCUCCUCGGGGCCUUCGCUCACGGGCUGCGGCGGACCUGAAGCCGCCUCCCUCCCAGCCAGACCCUUCGCCCAUCGGCCCCGCUAUUGCCGGCCCUGGCUGGCAGCGGCGGCGGCGGGGCAGGAGAGGCCGCGGGGGGUUGAACCCGGGAUGUCCUCCUCGCGAGGCGGAGGCUGAGCCGCCUUCUUCCGCCCCUGCCCGACUCUUCGGUCUCUGGGCUCCGGGGACCCCGGCCCUCCCAGCUCGUCUCUUGCGGCUGGGACUCUGGGGCGCAGGAGAUGCGCCGCUUCCUGCGUCGGGACCUUCGCCGGUGUCCCGUGCGAUCCCCUGGCAGGGCUGCCUGGCGUUUCCAGGUGAAGGAAGGGAGCGCGUGGUUUCACCUGGAAACUUAUGUUACUGUUUUGGCUUCAUGUAUAGUUGGGCCUUGUUGUCCCGGAGAAACUCUCGGUGUUUGGGUCACGGACAGCAAGUGUCGUUCAACAUGCUGCAGGGAAGGGAAAUCUCUGGCCAUCCAGACUUCAUUAAACUGUAGCUUUGGUCAGCAGCCAUGCUGUUUGGGGUGAGGGAAUUUGGAGUCCUGCAACAUAGGAAAAGCCACAGGUUCCCCAUCCCUGUGGGAAUGGGUUUGGGCUGUAGAAUCAAUAUAAAGUGCGAGUUUAUUGGCUGUUGCCGAGUACCAUUACAUGGCUAAUGCUACUUUCCAUUUUUCACUCGAAUUUUGCACUAGCAUUUCUGAAUUUCACCUUACAGGUGAAAUGAAGUUUUGCAGAUUCAAAAGAUGCCAUGGUAAUAUGCAGUACAUUUUCAAGUUUUCCAAUAUGAAUAAUAGAAUCAUAGAAUUAUAGAGUUGGAAAGGACUCUGAGGGUCAACUAGUCCAACUCUCAACUAAAGCAUCUAUUAUAUAUGGCCAUCCAAACGCUGCUUAAAAAUCUCCAAGGACAGCCCAACAGCUCCCAAACAAGUUUGUUUCUCUAAACAGCUCUUGUCAUCAGAAAGUUUUUCCUGAUGAUUUGUCAGAAUCUCCUUGUAGCUUAAACCCAUUGGUUCAGGUUCUGUCCUCCAGAUCAGGAGAAAACAAGCUUGGUCCAUCUUCCACGUGACAGACCUUCAAGAUGUUUGAAGAUAGCUAUCAUAUCUCCACUCAAUUCUCUUUUCCAACCUAAACAUACUCAGCUCCCUUAACCACUUCUCAUAAGGCUUGGUUUCCACACCCUUGAUCAUGUUGGUUGCCAGCGGCACAUGUUCCAGCUUGUCAAUAUCCUUUUUAAAUUGCUGUGCCCUGAGCUAGGCACGUUACUUCAGGUGUGGUCUGAUGAACACAGAAUAGAGCAGUACUAUUGCUUCCCUCGACCUGGACAUUAUACUUCUCUUGAUGCAGCCUAGAAGACAGUCUUGGUUAGAAACUCUUUCCGCUGGCCUAGGAGCCCAUGCUGACCGGAGGCCACAAUCUGCAGGCAGUGUCCACAUUCUGGUUGCUCCCUGGUGCUGUGUCAUUCUGGCUACAGAGAUCAGUAUUUCUUUACAGUAAUUCUGGCCCCUGCCAACAGGCUGCACUUACUGGUCCUUUCCUGCAUCUUCCCUAUCAUUGUAGCCAUUGAUUUCCCAUAUCAUUUGCUGGUUUUGUCAUCUUCUCUUUGCCCCCCUGCUCUUUCUACCACAUUGUUCCUGUUUGCCUUUUUAUUCUAGACCAUUUGUGACCUUUUCCAAUCACAUAACCUCCAGUUUAUAUUUAGCUGUCUUUUUCAGUGUCAAGGUUGUGGUCAGAAUUCCAAGCAUUGUGGUUCCAGCACAGCUGAGUGAAGCUGGUCACUAGUUUUCGUGGGAAUGUUUAUGUUUCUUGCAGCAAGAUUCAGUAUCUGUUCUCCAGAUUGUUCAGCUUUAAUGCCAGGAGGUGUAGAGGAGAAUGCAUAACUCUGACCUCUUUGCUUCUUCUCAAUUCUCUAAGGUGAAAGUGUGUAGUUAGAUUCCCCCUCUCCCCCCACGGACAUUCCUUUCCUACCGAAAGACAUAUUGAGAAUUCCUGUCAUAAGGAGCACUUGCCUGAGUCUUAGCAAGAGGGCCACUGGGUGGCAAAGGGUGCUUGUUGUGUCCAGCUUAUUCUGUUUCAGAGGCAGUGACCCAGUACAGAACGCUUCUAUGUAAAGAAAUGAAACAGGAAUAUCCACAGUGUUCCACCCCAUUGGAAUACAGGCUUCCCUCAAACAAAGUUUUGUUGACUUUGCACAUCAAUCUGUGCAUGUGUUUGUUCUGAGGUAUGUGUAGUUAGCAGUGCAACCUUAGUUCUUUAAACUUUUUGUGUCAUCUCAGAUGUUUGAUUUAGGUUGAAGUCCUUGAGAGCAGGAAAGCAAAGCCUCUCAUUCUUUUCUUCUGUACUCUUGAGGGGUUUCUGAAGUAAGCAUCAACCUAAUGAGAAUGAACAGCAGCUUAAUUCAAUACAGCGGGAAGUAAUUCAUGGAGUCCCAAUUAUAGGAUUGAUGACCUAAUUAUAGGAUUGAAAAUGUUGGUUUUAUACAGCCAUGUUCUCGUUAACAUGAGGAAAUAGUUGCUUGAAGAGAAGGGCAAAUCCCACUCUUCUCUGUAAGUAAAAAAAAAAUACUAUUGUUGGGAGAGAAUCGCAGGCAGCAGCCUGUCUCUGAACCUCAGUUGCUGGGGAACAAUAGCAGGAGCGUUGCAUUGUGUUGAGGUCUUACUUCUUGGGUUCUAAGAAGGGGCGCCUAGUUGGCUGCAGUGGUAACCAAACGGUGGAUUACAGGUGAAACUCGGAAAAUUAGAAUAUCAUGGAAAAGUUCAUUUAUUUCAGUAAUUCAACUUAAAAGGUGAAACUAAUAUAUGAGAUAUACUCAUGACAUGCAAAGCGAGAUGCGUCAAGCCUUUAUUUGUUAUAAUUGUGAUGAUUAUUUCGUACAGCUGAUGAAAACCUCAAAUUAACAAUCUCAGAAAACUAGAAUAUUAAAUGAAAUCAGCAAAACAAGGACUGCAAAUAGAGCAAUAUUGGACCUCUGAGAAGUAGAAGCAUGCAUAUGUACUCAGUACUUGGUUUGGGCCCCUUUUGCAUCAAUUACUGCCUCAGUGCGGCGUGGCAUGGAUGAUAUCAGCCUGUGGUACUGCUGAGGCGUUAUGGAAGACCAGGAUGCUUCAAUAGCAGCCUUCAGCUCUUCUGCAUUGCUCAGUCUCAUGUCUCUCAUCUUUCUCUUGCCAUUGCCCCAUAGAUUCUCUAUGGGGUUCAGGUCAGGCGAGUUUGCUGGCCAAUCAAACACAGUAAUCCCAUGGGCAUUGAAUCAGGUUUUGGUACUUUUGGCAGUGUGGGCAGGUGCCAAAGUCCUGCUGGAAAAUGAAGUCAGCAUCCCCAUAAAGCUCGUCUGCGGAAGGAAGCAUGAAGUGCUCCAAAAUCUCCUGGUAGACGGCUGCGUUGACCCUGGACUUAAUGAAGCACAGUGGACCAACACCAGCUGAUGACAUGGCUCCCCAGAGUGUGGAAACUUCACACUGGACUUCAAGCAUCUGGCAUUGUGUGCCUCCCCAUUCUUCCUCCAGACUCUGGGUCCUUGGUUUCCAAAUGAGAUGCAAAAGCUGCUCUCAUCAGAAUUUGGGGAGCCAUGUCAUUAGCUGGUUUUGGUACAUUUUCGAGCACAAUUCAAAGUGUCAGUGCUGACCUUUAAGGCAUUAAACUGCCUUGGCCCAGUACAGUGGUACCUCGGGUUACAUACACUUCAGGUUACAGACUCGGCUAACCCAGAAAUAGUACCUCGGGUUAAGAACUUUGCUUCAGGAUGAGAACAGAAAUUGUGCUCCGGCGGCUCGGCAGCAGCAGGAGGCCCUAUUAGCUAAAGUGGUGCUUCAGGUUAAGAAUGGACCUCCGGAACGACUUAAGUACUUAACCCAAGGUAUCACUGUAUACCUGAAGGAGUGUCUCCACCCCUCAUCGUUCUGCCCGGACACUGAGGUCCAGCUCCGAGGGCCUUCUGGCGGUUCCCUCACUGUGAGAAGGGAAGUUACAGGGAACCAGGCAGAGGUCCUUCUCGGUAGUAGCACCCACCUUGUGGAACACCCUCCCAUCAGAUGUCAAAGAAAUAAACAACUAUCUGACGUUUAGAAGACAUCUGAAGGCAGCCCUCUUUAGGGAAGCUUUUAACGACUGUUGAUUUAAUGUAUUUUUAAUCUUUUGUUGGAAGCCGCCCAUAGUGGCUGGCGAAACCCAGCCAGAUGAGCAGGGUAUAAGUAAUAAAUUAUUAUUAUUAUUAUUAUACAGUGCUACAGUGCUGCCAGAUAGAGAUGCUAAACUACUUGUGCUCUUUUGGACUUCAUACUAAUAUUAAAAGUUACUGGAAGGCAAUUUUAUAAUAUAGAUAAAAUAAUAAAUAAACGAGUUAUACAAAUAAUCCUGUAUUCGUUUAAAAAAAUAGUAGUGAAAGUCCAUAACCCUAGUUAGGGGUAGGGGAAAGGGAUUAGCUGCUCCCAGUAUUUCUGAUUACUUCAGAGGCAAGGCGGCUUAAAAAAUUACAGAACUACAAAUAUAAUGAAAGUAGUCAUAAACAAUAAACAAAACAUCAAAAAGUACACAACCAAACAGAACAAUUUCCACAUAAAUCAUAGGAUCCAAAAUAAAUAUACAAAAUAUUAAUAUUGCCACCCCCCUAAGCAAUACCCUAGUCCAGGAAUGCUGCCUGUUUGUAACUUCUGCUCAAGUAGUGGUUUCUUUCUUUGUUAAUCAAGUCAUGGCUCUUCUGACUUUGGCAGAAGGUGUGUUAAGGCCGCCCAUUUAAGGACGUUAUCCAGCUGCAAAACUGGGUGGAGUGUGUGGAAGGUGCAGGGGCUUAGUUUUUGGCGCUAUAACUGGUAGCUGGUAAUUUCUUGUGUCUGAGGUUGGCCCACCAUUACCAUCUCCGAAGGCCCUCCCUUCAAAAUGUCCUUGCCAUAAGAUUAACUGUUGUAUAGGGGCUUAGUGGAAUGAAUACUUCUAGGUGCGCCUUAAAGACUUUGAGAUAUAUCCAGCAUGGAAUUCUGUUCCUUUUCUCUCCCCAUGCCCACUCAAAUUCAGCUCCACGGGGUCUUCCAGCAGCCACUGGAAGGAGAAGCAGACCCUUUGCGAAUGUGUUGACUGUCUUCCUUGGCCUCCGUAUGUACAGGGUUAGAAACCAGAGACAAGUAUUCUUUCCGUCUUUAUCUUCAGACUUCCCGGUCAUAAUUUUGUGGGCUGACCAAAGUGACAGCCGGUCUGGAGUUGAUUUGUGUGAUAGCUUCCAUCUCAACGGAAGGCUGUCACUUUAUAAAUGUGCCUCCUAGGCACAACUAGGAAGAUUCCUUGCAGUCUUGAUAAAAUGUGGUGAACAUAUAUGUUAGAAGUAUCCCUUGUAAGCAAGGCAUGGGUGUAUAUUGUAAAGUGCCCUGUGAUUAUGUUACUAAUAAUUGUGUAUUGAUUGACAAGCUGACACCUUUAGCAGCUAGCCAGCUCCAUCAGGCUCCUCCAGCCUCUGAACUAUGCCAGCUGGUCAGUAUAGGAGAAGUUGGUGCCUAUGUUUUGAAUUUUAUUUUCCUCUUCCUCCUUGUCCAUUUUCCUUUGUGUGUUGUGUAUUUAUUUAUUUAUUUAUUUAUUUAUUAUAUUAGCCUGUAGGUAGGGAGUGUCUUGUUUUGAUUUCAUGUAAGCUGCUCUGGGAGCAUUUUUGGCUGAAGAACAGGGUACAAUUACUCUAAAUAAAAUAAUAUACUAUUGCUUACUAGCAUGGCCUCUUCACAUGGUCUGUGUCAUAUGCCAAAUUAAGUUUUACUGACUUCAUGUAGCUCUCCCAAGUGCCUUUAUUGACUCAGUCAAUCUGAGGUCGGCUGCAACUUGCCAAGAUCAGAAUUUAGAAAUGUACCCUAAACCUGGAUGUUAGAUUUCUGACUCAUCUACCUUAUUGAAGUUUUGAUUGAUGGUGACAGAUAAUGUGCAAUGGAUUUUAAUUUCAAAGAGUUCACACCCUCCUGUUUUGGCAAGGCAGCCAAAGCAGCUAAAAAUAAAAAAACCAAGUUUAAACUGCAACCAACAAAGCAAUAAACAAAUGAAAAAUGAGAACAGUGAAAGGCGGCAGCAGCAGCAGCAGCAGCACACACGCAACACUAGACCAGCAGGUAAAAAUUAAUCUGCAGAAAGUGAAAGCAAAAGCAAGAGCACCACAAACCAACAAUUUCCACAGGCCAAGCCAAAAGGCAAAAUUCUUAACAAAUGAUGAGGCCAGGUGGAUCUUCCUUGAUACUUUAGGCAUUCAUAAAGGCAGAUGUCACAGCCAAAAGGCCCUGCUGUGUGUGAUCAUUUUUUCAGGGUAAAAAUGGAAGGUUAGGUGGAAGGGAGACAGGGUGGAUAAAAAUCAACAAACAAACCCAAAAACCAGAUUUUUAAAAUUUAAAUCACAUUUUAAAAAAUAAAAUGCUUUGGAAGGAAAAAUCUUUCAAAAGAUAGUUUUCUAUUUAAGUUACAUUAUAGUCCAAAUGUUUAAAUUUUUUGGUAAAUGAAUUUUCCAGAGGUUUCUGUAAGAUUAUUUGGGGCAGUUGUAAAUAUUAAGAUUAUACCAGCAAGAAUGAGUCUUUCUGUAAAAAAGUCUUACUGACUAGUGAUUUAAAUUGUGAUUUAAAUCAAUUUGAGUUAAAUCAAAUCCAUCCUGGAGGGAGAAUUGACAUACAUUCAAGACUCUUCAGCUGAAAAAGUCUUCCAAAGUGGCUUACAGUGAUUGAUAAGAAGGCAGUCUUCUCCCUCAGGCUCACAAUCUUAAGACACACAACAAAAGGGAAACAGACUGGAAGGGAUAAUGAAAAAAGUCAGCUCAGGCACUCGUUCUUAGUUACAGAGGUAAAAAUGUAAAGGUAAAGGACCCCUGGACAGUUAAGUCCAGUCAAAGGUGACUAUGGGGUUGCGGCACUCAUCUCGCUUUCAGGCCGAGGGAGCCAGCGUUUGUCUAGUUCAGGGGUCUGCAACCUAAGGCCCAUGGGCCAGCCCAUGGACCCCCACCGCCCACUCGGUUGGCUCCCAUGCGGCGUGCUAAACCAGAGCACAGCGGGGACUGCCUUCCGCGACGUUUGCCAGCUUCCCAUUGGCUGAAGGAAGCUCCUGCAGCCAGUGGGAAGCUGCACAUGCCUCCUCCGCACUGGAAAUAGUGUUUGCGCAUGCACGCACGCACACUCCGGCCCACCGCAGUGUCUGCGGGACCGUGAACCGGCCCAAGCCACAAAAACUUUGCCGACCCCUGGUCUAGUUGCAGAGACCUUGUAGUGAGCAGCAGGAGUGAAACGAUUUGGAGAGGACCCAAAUGUUUGUGGUCUUGCAGCAGAAGCAAUGAGGAGGUCCUGCACUGCUGCUGCCCCAUCAGUCUGAUGGAAUGGAAUCUAUUGUGCAGUUAUGAGAUCCUUUUGGAGAUCCUUUUGGAACUCUUCACAGUCUGUCUUCAUUUUAUCACCUCAAACAGUUUGGUAUUAUCAACGCACUUGGCUGCCUCACUUCUCACCCCUAGCUUUAAGUCCUUUGUGAACAAGUUAAGCACAGCUCUCAGUACUGAUCCGUGGGGUCGGGGGGGGGGGGGACUUGGACUCCUUGCCUGCAAAAGUUAGUUAAGGCGCAGCAAUCUGCUCUGCAUCUUCCGCUGUGAAGACAGAUGUAAAUAAUUCAUUCGGCUUUUCUGCAAUCUCCUUAUCCUUCUUCAGGACUCCGAUGUGAUCCAAGGGUUAAACUGCUCCCCCACCCAAAAAAGUGGGCCAGUAGGAGAGAAUAAUAAGAGGUGUUUUUGUUUGUUUUUGUUUUUUAGUGUUUCCCCAAAUUUCCAGGUUUUCCUUGGGGAAUAAUUGAAAUAAUCCUCAGGAAAAUUCAAGAAAACUUUUCCCCAUUUUAAAAUUUGUGUUUUCCCCCUUCUGGGCCCUUCACAUCUCACCUUCUGCAGAGACUGGCUUUGCUGUCUUUAAAAUGACAGAAAAUGAAAAACUCGGCACCUUGUCUCUUCCAGCAUCAGGCUGCCCCGUCCCUCCAGACUCUUGAAUCUUGGCUUUUUCAGAAGGCAAAUAAGUGGACAGUAAGACCCUGGUUAUUGUUGGCUUUUGGUAUUGAGUGAUCUAAGGCCAUGUGCGUACUAAAACUUUGUACAGCACCUCAUUAUUUUAGGCACUUCGUGUAGCAAAUGGUAUUUAUUUCCACUUGAGUCAGUGGUGUUCUGAUCCUUUCAAGCUGGAGCCUCUUGUGUGGAUAAGCCCACAUCUGGUGUUUGGAGUGACUAGGAAGGGCCUGGCGUAGAUGUGGGGGGGGGUGACCUUGCGCUUGGGGGCAAUGUGCCAAGUGAUCCUUUUGCUAGCGGUGGCUCCAGAGACGGGGCUCUUGUAGCAGACCCUCGCCCAGGACAGGCAACCUUGGAGAGGUGCAGGGUGCAUGUGAGCAGGGCUUUGGCGGUCGGUGCAUCCUUCUCUGCUGCAUUUUUGGGUGGUCCGAGAUGCCGUCCUCUUGCUCUGGAGCUAGCACGCUUUUGUGGCAGGGUUGUGAUUUGUCUACAGCUGGUCUGGUUUGGUUCCCACCUAUCCUAGUAUUGGCAUUAGCUGGUUUUGUUCUCCCACCAUAUGGAAUUGUCUUAAAAAGAAGAUGACUCAGUGGCAGAGCUUUUUCCUGCCAUGAAAGAAAAUCCAGUUGUAAAAAGCCUUUCACUAUUUUAUAUCACUCUGCCAGAUUGAAAUUUCUCUCUCUCUUUGUCUCCUGUAGAGACUAUUAUAUUUUGAUAAUAAAAUUCCUGCUAUGUGAGACAGAGAAGUCGUGUCAUCUUGCUCAGUAAAAAUGGUUGCAUGCCUUUCGCAUAGCCAAAGGUUGAAAUAUUGCUCCUGCUGGACAGCUUCUAGUCUUGAGGCAAUUCUGAGCUGGGAUGGCUAUUGUCAAGCUGGAGUUCCUGGGCAGCCCUUUGGCUCAAGUGAGCAUGCAGGAGGGAAGGGAAAUUCCUCAAAUGAAGGAAAAUGUGGUUAAGACAAAACAAAAAAUUGCAAUCAAACCUCGGUUGUCGAACGGAAUCUGUUCCAGAAGCCUGUUUGGCUUCUGAAAGGUUUGACAACUGAGGUGCGGCUUCCGAUUGGCUGCAGGAGCUUCCUGCACUCAAUCGGAAGCUUCAUCGGAUGUUUGGUUUCCAAAAAACAUUUGAAAACCAGAACACGUCUGAGUUUUCGGUGUUAUUUGACUGUAUAUGGAGAAAGCAGAGGGCAAGAGGAGGCCUGUGGCCACCUGCAGUGCAUCAAGAGAUGUGCUGUUUGUGGGCACUUCUCAGUGCCUUGCUCCAACUCCCCUCUGCCCUCUGUCUUUGCAUCUCCAAAGAGAAGGCAUGCCAGUUCUGGAUAAGAGAGCCCCAGUUAGCUACUGCCUUGGCCAGUGCACUCAAGUAAAUCUCAAGGUUUUAGCUUAUCCGUUCUUCACAUGGGGACACACUGAGCAUACCACAGGCACUGUUGGGUCCCUCACUUCAUAGGUCUUUCCCUAGUCUGCCGUGGAGCUAAGAAACUUGGCUCCUGUGUAUGUAGCUGAAACUCUGGGGCUGCCGUGCUAUCCAGUGGGGUUGGCACCAGUUAAGGAAUGUUGGGUGAGUCAGCCACACAUUCUUGCCGACUGCCUUGCCUCUCUGUCCUCCCCUCUUGCUCCACCCUCCAGCUCUUGGGAACUCUGUGGCUGAGUUAGGAAGAAGGCAGCCUGGCUACUGAGGCAGUAAGAUCAGCAGAUGCCACACAGUCUUCCAGCCAUUGACAUGGGCUGCCUUUUUGCCUCAUCUCUCUGCCCACUUUGCCAUAGUUACAGCAGGCGGGUUUUUGCAUCUGGCAGGCCUACAAUAGCUGCUCAGCUCCCCCUGCAAAUCUGUGGUCAACCCUUUGCCUGUGUGGAUUUCUCAAAGGGCUUUGGCUCAGGGAGUUCCUCAGGUUUAGGAUACUAAACAAGCCACACUGGCAUACUGCACAGGCCUCCUGAAGAAUCCUAUUGCUCAAAUCUUCAUAUGGACCAAGAGUAGUGUAGAAAUAGGAAAGUUUUGCCAGGGGGGUAAUGGAAAAAUUGAACCCCUCCCCCCCCAAAAAAAAACAUUCUUCUGGGUUUUUUCCAGGCGUUGACAUUUCGAGAGUGAUGUGUGAGCAACCACACCCAUUGUAAAGGGUGUAAAAAUCCACUUGUCAGGUGACUAAGCCCAGUGUACCCACCCUUCUGCUUCCCAGACUUCCCAGUUUCUCAUGACUGAAUGCCAUGAUCAAUGAUUACCUGCAACCACUGUGGGCUUUUAUGUUUUGCCCUUGUGUGCAUUUAGGUGGCUGCCAUGUGGUUCUUGAUUGCCUGAAUCUGCCCCUAUUUCUACUGGCUGAAGCCCUGUUUUCACAUCCGUCGGUGCCUGAAGGGCGACCCCUCCGUGUGGGGUUGCCAGCCAUGGGGGCCAGCCCAGCUGCUUGGGGUCAGUGGCAGGGCUGUCGCACAGGCUUGCUCAUCUCUCUUUCUGUUGUUGCAGAGUGGAAACAGCUUCCAUGUCUUCGACCAAGGCCAGUUUGCCAAGGAAGUCCUUCCUAAAUACUUCAAACACAACAACAUGGCCAGCUUUGUCCGACAGCUGAACAUGUGUAAGUAUAUUCUCUGUUUGGUGCACAGUUUGUGCGCUUGACUUCAGAAGUCUCUUGUGAACACGAGGGGCUUGCCUGAAGGUAGGGUUAGGGCACCUUGGAAGUUUGUCAGAACAUGAGCUGCACCGUGCAGGACUUGUGGGCAAAAGUGCUGGGGCUUCUCAGACUGGCCUAGUAGCUUCUUCAGGUGUACUGAAGAAAAGAGCGACGUCCUCUUCUGCCGUACAGCGGAUCAUCUUGGCACAAUUAGGUUAGGAUCAAAUGUUUGGCACUGUUAACAUAGAAUUGGCAUUGUCUACGAAAAGUGUCUGGGUUAAAGAAAAGGUUGAGUACCAGGCCUGCAAGCUGGACUACAAGGGGCCUGUCACGGAGGAGCUUGUGCCUCCUUACAUGGGACUCAAACAGGAGGUAGAAGGUUCAUGGAGAAUAUGUCUGUGAGCAGCUAAUGGCUCUAAAUGUGAAAAACGAGAACUCCAUCUUCAAAGAGGGCGUAUUCUGAGUUCUAAACAGGAACGUCCAUCACUGCUUGUGGCCAGCCAGGUGCCUCAGGGGGGACAAGUUUGGACUAGGUGAACCGUGCUCUGCUCUAGCAAGGCAAUUUGUGUUUCCUCCUCCUGGAACACCUGCCUUGCAUUUUGGGAGCUGAGAUCAUUCGCUGAUGUGCUAUUUUGUAUGAUUCACUUUGGAAAGUUGGCUCAGGAAAAUGACAGCAUUAAGCAACCUGCAGACUCAGCAGAUACUACUUUCUGGUUCUGAUGCUGGGGGAAAGCAAAGUCUUGGAGUUGGGAGGUCCAGUUGCCCUACAGGCUUACGCUGCAUGUGAAAUACAGGCUGGCUUCUCCAGCAUUCCCCUGACCUUCUUGCCAACCUGCUCUGCUCCUUUGCCUUCCAGAUGGCUUCCGGAAAGUAAUCCACAUCGAGCAGGGCGGUCUGGUGAAGCCUGAGAAGGAUGACACUGAAUUCCAGCACCACUACUUCCUCCGCGGCCAAGAGCAUCUCCUGGAGAACAUCAAGAGGAAAGUAACCAAUGUGAGUCCUUUGUAACAGUCGCUGGCCCAGAUUCAAAGGAGCUUUUGAGGAACUGAUGGAACGGGAUGGAAACAGCACUGUUUCUUUCAGCCAUUACAUGCCUUGGUGCUUCAGGAUAGUGCAGAGAGCAGAUUUCUGCUUCUUCUUUCUCAGUGUUUUUGGCUUUUGCCUUGUCUUGUCUGAACUUUGGUUCAGAUCACCCAAUUUGAGGUGGCCUGUGAUAGGCACCUGGGUGGGUGGGUGAGUGUGUGCGCAUGCAUAAGUGAGCUCACAGAAGAAUAUGAACUUGCCAACGCGCCACCUCCUCCUGUGUGCUUCUGUGUAUGGCAGGAGGCCCUGGCAAUCUCUCCUCUUGUUGAACUUUUCUUUUUGCACUGCUUGCCUUGCUGAGCAGCCUGGAAGUCCCUGGCUCAGCUGAAGCCAUCCUGUAGGCUAGGAUGUCUUGCAUAUCAUGUCACGUUAAUCAGUGCACCUCUCUUGCAUUGAGAAUGCUCCCUAAAUAAGCCUGUCUGUAAAUUCUACAGUCUGUUGGCUGUCCUCAUGUCUCUUCGGUCUCUGCUUAUCUGUAGUGCUGCUUGUUCAUGUAAACUGUUCACCAGAAGCAACAAACCGUGUUCCCAAAAUUGUUUCAUGAAAGCAGCAAUAGCUUUCUCUCUGAAAUUGAGAUUAGCGGUUCUCCUAACUGAGGAGAAGGCAGAAGCUACACAGAACCCUUACCUAUGUGCCCCUGUUUCCAUACUCUCACUGCCCUGCCCCCCACUGUUCAAACUUGCUUGUUUCUGUUACUUCCCUGAGCCAUACCCCCUGAGCCAUGCUUGAGGGUGUUUUUUUAACAGUCAAAUGUGUGUGUGUGUGUAAAAUUGCAGUACACACACACACAGAGAGAGAGAGAGAGAGAGAGAGAGAGAGAGAGAGAGCGCUAGAAAAUUCAGAAGCACAUCAUUCUUUCAUGCAGUAGCCAAGGUUGGAUAGCGGAGUGGCAGUGCAUGCUGGGAAGCACAAUCAAAUAAAAUUACACUUCAGUGAACUGUGUGCUUGCCUUCUUUGCUGGCAAAUGGGUGAUCCUACCACUUUUUGAGAUGGGCUCAGGAACCACCUUUGCCAAGGCGUGCAGUUUAUAUGGCAUUGGUCUUCAGCAGCUUUGUUGACUCUGACUGCAGCUCUCUUUGAGAAGAGGCAGUGCACACUCUGCCUGUGAUGCUCAGCCAGCUAUUUUGUCGUUUGGAAGCCAUGAAGAGCCAUAAGUAAGAAAUCUUCCUCUGCCUGCAGGUAUCUGGCAUAAAGAAUGAAGAUAUCAAGGUUCGCCAGGACAGCGUGACAAAGAUACUGACUGAUGUCCAGGCAAUGAAGGGCAAGCAGGAGAGCAUGGACUCCAAACUGAUAGCCAUGAAGCAGUAUGUACAAUGCAAGGGGCAGGGGGGAAAGGGUAUUCUGGGUUUGGGAGGGGGAGUCUACCUUGCUCUGUGUUCUAGCACCCUCUGCUGGCAGGUAGCAUACUAUGAUAACCUCCUGAUUGCUGCAGGAAUUGAACUCACUCCUUAGCAAACUUUCUUGCCCGGUGAUGGACUGCCGUGUUUUUGUCUUCAAUUCUCUCACCCAGCAUGUUGAAUUUUCAAUGCUAACGUCUCUUCCAUCUAGGGUGGUGUAUCACCCAUUAGCCGCCAGGGUAGCGUUAAUAAUAGCAAAGCAACUAUUGAUGCACCCAUAGCACAGUUAAAAUGACAAGCGGCAACCACAGUUGUUAAACUAGUUAGCAGCCCUUCUGACAUGUCCUUGCUGUGUAACUUGCAGCACUUUACCAUGUGGACUUUGCCCCGUUAUUGAUCAGUUUUCCUCUUGUAUGGUAGUGCCCUUGUUAAGAGAAGAAUAAAUACCAAUUUUUAAAAAUUACAUCGGCAGCUAAGAUUAUUUUUUUUUACAAAUUAAACUCCUGGUGGAACACUGCUGCUUUAUUUUGGCACUGACGGAUAGAGGCACAGGCUGGUUCCAGCUUGGGAAAGGCCUUCUUUUAGACCGCCAUAGUUGGGAAGGGCAGGGGAAAGGCAUCUGCACUCAGCAUGUCCUGCUUGUGGGCUUCUGCUUUCUGUUUGGCCACUGCGAGAACAGGAUGUGGGACAAGAUGAGGAGCCCUUAUCCAGCCCCAGGCCUCGUACGCUCUCCACUUGGAGUUUACAGAGCAGGGAGUUUCUUGCCUGUGUGCGACAAUUGCUUAACAUUUGCUUAUCCCAGGCUAUUGAGGACUUGAAAAAUUUGCCUUGCCUUCUCUCCAGGCACAGGUGGAAGGUGAGGCAUGCAGUGAGCUGCUGGUGGUUGGCAGUUUGCAUUCUGGCUCAGUUGUAGGGGAGACCCAGGAAGGAGUGUCUGACGUGUUCCCUUGGGGAGUGAAGCCUCGAAAGGAGGGCUUAGCUUGCACCAGAAUUCCCCAGAGCACCUUUUCCUGCACCCACACGUUUGAGAACUUAAAGGAAAGAGUUCUGGAGCCCAGGGGACAUUUCUUUAGGCUGGUUUGAUGGCCAGCACUCCGUUCAGCAAUGAAGCCCCGCUGUAAAUCAUCUGCAGCUGCAGAGGAUGGCUCAUAUCGGUGGGUGGGGGCAUGAAGGCAAAGGCUUGCAAAUCCCACUUUUCCUGGAAGAUUAGUCAGUGGCUUGAAGCAGCAACCCCUUCCUGUUUUAUGGCUGCUGUGGUGCCCCUCCUGGCAGCUUUGGGCCCAGCUGUUCUCUUGCCAGGACAGGAACCCUGAUCCCUCCAGCCAUGAACAGCUUGACUCCUCGCCCAUGGAAUGUGGAGCUUGAUGACCACUCGGUCUCUUGAGUCAUCCAGUCUUGCGGCUUUCUGGCGGGCCUUUUGCCAUUCUGAAUAGUUGCUGGCCAAGGUCAGGUUUUGCCAAGCUGCUUGAAACCGCUUACAGAAGGGAGGGUAUUCCAGGCCGACUUGUUGCCUGGCUGUGCCCUAGAGGUCCUCUUCAAGCCCAGAGACCAGGCCUGCAUGCUUCUUGCCUGCCCACAGCGGUGCUGCUCGGGGUCAUAGUGUGGUGAAGCUUGGCCUCCCUGUUUUGGUUAGACUGUGACGUCUGGGAAUUAAAGGCUUCAGUACCACCUCCCUAUCUGGCAGAAGAAAGAAGCCCAAUGGUGCCUUUUCGGAACCUCAUUCUCCUUGGUGUAGACCCAGGGGUGAUUCAGCUCCACGGUGAUUUUGUUACUGCUCCACCAAGACUCUGCCAAUUUUGACAAUAACUGCAAAAAAGGGAAAACAAUAUUUCAAAGUAAACGCAGUGCUGGGUUUGGCAACUUGCCUCCUCCCCUCAUCAUCAGUUUGAGGCUGUGAUGAGUGGGCAAGGGAAGAGGGGAGUGAGUUGCCAAACCCCUUCUCAUCUGUGCAGGAGGGACAGUGUGUGUGCUGGUGUGUUUCUGCCGCGUGUGUCUUGUUUGUAUAUGGUCCUCAUGUAGACAAGGAAAUGGCUGACUUAAGAGAUCAAAAAGCUGAGGGGGUGCUUUCUGCUGUCCGUAGAGGGCACAAAGCCUACUUGCUUAAGCAUAAGCUCUGACGUUCUUGAGGAGCCAGUAGUGUGAAGGUUUGUUAGCUGUGCUUCAUCUUGGUCCUCCCCUCUGGCCAAUCCAGGGUUGUAGCAAACUCUCACGGGCCCCAAAGAGACAAGCCUUCCCAGGGCAGCUUCCUGGGCUGAUUAUUCUUAGCUUCUGCAGGGCAUGCAGAACUACUGACCGCUACUGUGGCCUGCUGGGAGCACCUUGUUCUCACUGUGCAAAAUCAAAGUGCCCCAGAAGAAGGGAGGGAUAAGGACAAUACCUACAGUGGCCUUCUUGAGUUUAGUGAUCCCGAACUUGAAGGGUCUAAACACAAGAUCCACAUAGGAAGAUUGGCCCUCUUUUUCAUUAAAGUAUUGUAACACCAUCAGUGUACAUGGCACCUCAAGGAGUACAAAACAGAAGACUGAUCCCUCAUUAGCCCCCCCCCCCUUAAAAAUACCACUCAGUCUUUGGUUGGGAGGUAAGGGAGAGGCUGGCCUAAUGUGGGGUGGAUGUGAGCAAGUCCACCUGCACAUAGCUGGCCUUCAUUUUGGUUGGGGAAAUUGGUAGGCCCAUGUUUUGGCAUGCAUCCAAAGAGCUUAGGUGCUGCAUCCGACCAGUGGGCCCUCUGGGGAGCCCACAAGCAGGACAUGAGCAUAAGAGCACUCUGAUGUUUCUCAGCAUGUGGCAUUUAAAGCGCUGGGUGUAAAAAAAAGGGGGGGGGAGAUCUGAAGGAAUAAAGUGUUUGUAGUGAAAGGUUGGAUGGGUAAAUGCAAGAGGCCAUUUUGGCUCAGGGGGGCUUUUAGAGCCCUGGCUUCGAAUCCUGCCCUGACUGCGAAAGGGAAUGUUUUUAUUGUCUGCCUCCCUUGCACUCUUGUAAAGGCCGAUGGGCCUGCACCUUGUGGUGCAUAGUGCUGUUUGGAGAUGUUAAUGUUUAAUAACUAGCCAGUCCCUCCAAAGCCAGAACAACACUUAGGGGGCUGCUGUGGGGAAGGCAGGUGGGCUUUGGGGGCCCAAGCUUGGCAGUGCUUUGCUUUGGAAAAUCUCCCUCUCGGCCUUUGAGAGCAUCAGCUUCCGCUGGCCUCUCUUUCCCCUUCCUAUGUUUUCAUUUGUUUUCAAUCCCUAACCACCUCCUAAAAAUGGAAUCUGUGAGCCAGAAGCUUCCUUUCAGGGAUUUUUUUUUUAAGUUUGGAGCGGUUGUGGUUUUGAACCUGAUAGCUGCCUUUUAAAAGCUGCUGUUGGCUCUUUUAUCACGAGACGUGUAGCUCCUGAGCUUGAUGUCUCCUAGGUGAGCCUAGCAAACGCUUCCUGGGGGUUUGGGAAGCCAGACUCAUGUCAAAUGCAGGACUAAUGGCCUUAGGCCUGGUUCCAGAUCCCACAUCCAGCUGGGCUGAGGCUGAGGGUGGUGAGGGAAAUGGCACCAGGUGAGUCGCGUGCGCUCUGCUUUGGUCCUCUUGGCUGUGGAACCAUCCUUGCAGUGGUGGAGCAGCACCUGACACUCAAAGUACGGCAUCGGGGUGGGGCAUUUCUGGUGACUCUCAAGAUGCUGCUGGACUCUGACUCCCAGCAUGCUCCCUGGCAGUUGGCCAGGCUGACCGGGACCAGUGGGGUGGCUUGGAGCCAAUCAGCGUUUAGAGGGCAGCUAUGGACAUUAACCCAUUUAUUCUGGCCUUUAGUGGAAAGUAAAUCCACAUAUCACUACAAUUAUGCAACAUGUUUAUGGCCUGCCUGGAAAUUGCUAGUUAGUGUAUGACUGUUUUGCUUGUUAGCUUGAUUUAAAUGGUAUCAUUUAUGUUAUUGUAACCAGCCCUGGGGUCUCCUGCUGAGGGGUGGGGUGGUGAUAACAACAACAACAACAACAACAGACUUUACCAAACUUCCAGUAUAGGAGUCAGGGUGGAUUUCAUUUAAAUCAGAUCGAUUUAAAUCACUAGUCAGUAAGACUUGAUUUAAAUAAUUUUUUUACAGAAAGACUCAUUCUUGCUGGAAUAAUCUUAACAUUUACAACCAGAUGAAGGCUUCAUUUUUGGAAUACUAAAUUUUCAGAGUAGUUUUUGCAGUUAUAUCAAAAAUCACUGCUUUGGUUAUACUACUAGAAAUACAUAGACAGAUAAUUAUGAAAUUAUUGUGAGGUUUAAUAAGUUAACUGUGAACGCUUAUUACUUGACUGGCAAGCACUUCAAGGUCUCGCCAAAGACUUAACAGUUUUAGUAAGUUAACUUUAUAUUUGGACAACUUUUCUACUGUACUUUAUUGGAAAGAGAAAAAUAAUCAUUUCCUUAAUAACAAUUUAAACAAUUUAUUUAACUAAAACAAUAGCAUUAUAGCAUAUGUAUCCAUGUUUGUUAACUGAUCUGGUUAAACAAUUUUUCUAAAAAAAGAAAGACUGAGUUUUAGCACACAUGAAAAACUUAAAACAAAUCCUUAAUUCCUGAUGAAUAGCCUUUGGACUAUAUUGUAACUUCAAUAGAAAAAUAUCUUUAGAAAUAUUUUUCCUCCAAAAGCAUUUUAUUUUAAAAAUCCAAUUUAAAUCAAAAAAUCCGAUUUUUUUGAAACUUUUUUUUAAUCAUUGAUUUUUAUCCACCCUGAUAGGAGUAUUGGGGGGGGGGGAUAACAAAAGAAAGGGUGCAGAUCGUUUUAAAUAUGAUAGCUUUGAUAAGUUCACCACAAAGGUAGCGAGGUUGGGGAAGGUGAAAUCCGCCGGUCCUGCCGCUCUCUCUCUCUCUGGUCUCUGAAUCCUCGCAGGCCUUUCUUUCCAAGCCGGAAAGCGAGGCAGGAGGGCUCUGGUUGGUCUUGCUGCAGUGUCUCCUCCGUGAGCCUAAUUCUAAACAGAUUUCUGGGAGCGGGGGCCGAGCGGGGUGAGUGCACCUGUGUUUACCGGGGCCUUCCCCCAGCCGCCUUUGGGGGCUCCGUUUAGCUUGGCUCGGCAUGUCGAAGGCCUGCCGCAGGGACGCCGCAAGUACUUCCUCCUGGCCAGACUGCGUUUACAAGGCCCUGCCGUUUUUACAAGGCCCCCGUCGCCCACAGAACGAGGAGGUUUAAAAUUUCUCUUGGUAAAAAUAAAUCCGAGCAGACACCCUUAUCUGGCCUUCUGCCGCCACCAUCCUCUUCUUCCCUGCAACGGAAUUAGUUUCCCUGAUGCGGCACCUCUCCUCAUCCUCCUCUCCCUCCCGCUAAAUCAUACCAAAUAAUAAUUCUGACCUGUGUUGCUCUCUUUAUGGUUCCAAAAGCAACAAUAUAUAUUAUCCUUCUGACACUCACCAGAGGGGAUAUUUUUUGCGCUGGAACAUUUGCAGAAAAGAUUGUGUCUGUCAGUAACGGGCUGCAGAAAAGCUGAGCUUGGGCCUAAUGGAGCCAGAGAAGGGAUGGCCAAGCUGGAGCCGCCAGCCGCCUCGGAAAUGCCUCAUUAGAGGAAGCUGCCGGCCUGCAGGGACCCGGGGCCCGAAAGCAGCCUUGGCUAGCCGUGGACAAGCAGGAAAAGGAAAAAGGUCUAGGCUGGGAGCGGUGGCGUGAGGGUUCGCUGCUUCUCCCGACUCUCCUGCUUGUAGAUUGUGUCCUGAUUGUUGGUUUAAGCCGGUGCUUCCCAAGCGUUUUGCUUCGGGGGCCCUGCCCUCUCGGUUCAAUCAGCUCAUUCCCAGUGCCCCCUACUGUAUAAAAAGCGUUAUUCAGAUCAGCGGUUUGCACAGCCCACUAAGGAACAUAACGGCGCAAUAACAUUCAAAACAGUAACAAUGAAUUGCACAUUUAUUCCAAACCCAAUUAACACUGUGUAAUUAAAUUAAUUCAAUUAACUUGAUCUAGUGAUACCAGCUUUUCAAAGUCCGAUAGCUGCUUCCCCACUUCUGCCCCCUCACCUCUUAGCACCUCCCUGGGUACUCACCCCCAGGGGGCGCUACCACCCACUUUGGGAACCACUGGUUUAAGUGGGAGAUAGAAGGGGAUCCCGGGGGAAAUCUCCCCCCUCCCCCCAUGUGUGCGCACGCAUGCACUACUCAGUGGGUUGGAUCAAGUUUCCAGCUGCCAAUUUCACCAAUUUUCAAGACAAGCCUUUUGAAAAGGAGGCUUGGCCUGGCCUUUGCCAGGAUCAGCAGCUAGCAUCUUGAGUUGCCCGGUUCCCUCCUUUAAGACUCCCCCCCCCCGCCUGCUGCCCCCCAGGGCAAGGAAGGAGGCUUCCCUGCCGCCACUCUGACGUGUGCUGUGUUGAGAGGAGGCCAAUACCCUGCCUAUGCAGCUGGCUGAGGUUUGGGAAUGAGACAUCACUUGCAAGGCCUGGACAAGGGGAAGAAGAAUCGCUGUAAAUCUCAGGGAAGGGAAAUAAAUGCCUUGCUUCCAUUAAGGAGGUGCAGGAGACUGGAGCGCUGGCGUGGAGGAGGCUCCCUGGCCUCUUCCUUUCCAGCUGUCUCCUAUUAAGUAGGCUUCAUCCUUAAGAAAACCAGAGUGAUGGCAAGGUGGCCUCCUGCCUCUCUGACGGUGACCCCGGACCCCUUGUGCAUAGAGGGUCAGAGCUUGUGUGGCUCCAGCCUAGCCUAGCCAAGGAAGGUGGCUGGUCAGUUUUCUUCUUCCCUCUGCCCCCUGGCCCAUGUUUCCAGGUUCAGCCUUGCCUUGUCAACAGCUCCAAUUAGCUGGAGCAUCUGAGGGGUGCAUAUUGAAGGCAGGUGAAACUUUCUGAAUGUUGGAAGAUUCUUCAUUCAGCGCAAACUGUGGAAUGCCUUUGCCGAGGAGUCAUUGGUGGCCACCAACCCGGAUGGCUUUGAAAGAGGAUUAGGCAAAUUCAUGAAGGAGAGGGUUGUAGAAGGCAUGAUGGCUCUUCUGUGCCACCAGGGUCAGAGGCAGCAAUCCUUUAAAUCUCAGUUGCUGGAGGUGGGGAGAGGGCUCUUCUGCUUGGGUCCUUUGGACUUUCCACGGGGGCAUCUGGCUGACCACUGAGAGCAGGUUACUAGACUGGUUGGCCACUGGCCUGAUCCAGCAGGUUCUUCUCAUGUUCUUUCUCGUCCAGCUCCAGCCCUCCACUUCCUCCUUGUGGGGCUGGUGGGGAAGCUGCUUCUGCUCCAUCUUCUGGGCUUCAGGUGUCCUAAGCCACGACCAGUGUUCUUGAACCCCAGGUGUUGGGCCGCAACUCCCACCAUCCCCAGGCAGCUUAGCCGCUGGUCAGGAGUGAUGGGAGCGGUGGGGUGACUCCGCAGCCUGUCUGGAGGGCUGGUCUCCCCCCUGCACCCACACACACAGUGUGCACGGCCCUCUCCGCCUUGCUGACUUUAACGACUCCAGUCUUCUGGCUGAUCCUGCCUGAGGCAGAGACGCUGGGCCAGGCUUUUAUGACCUCUACAUUAGACGGUUGUAAUGUGGUGUGUUACUGCCUCUCUGUGCGAGAUGCUGCAUGGAUUCCAGCUGUUCUGGCGAGUUGCACCGCAGCCCCUGCUUGUCACGGGGGACUUUGCUGGCCCGCAGUCAACCGUCAGCUUCGUCUCAGAAUUGCUUUGAUGGGCUCCGAGCAAGACACUCGUUGUGAACUCUCUCGCUCUGCGUCUGUCUUUUUUCCUUCUCCUUUCUUCCUCCUUGCGCACAGCUGCGCUUUGGGCUUAGUCACUGCUUGAGAUCAUCUGAAGCUGGUUUUACUGGCCACGGUGUUCCAUGAGGUUAAGGACUGCUGGAGUCGUAGUUUAUGGCGGGCUCAGAUGUGUGAGCCGCUGCCAGCUGCGGCCUGAGGCCGUGCCAGGAAAACCUGUGCUUCUGACUGCAGGCUUGCUGCUUUGCGUGCCGAGGCACCUUGUCCUGCGCCUAAAGUGGCCUCUCAACAGGCACCCACCACUUGCCCCAGGGGAGGGUGCUGGGGGAGGGCUGGGAAAAGUACCGAGAGGAGGGGCUCCAUCUCUUCAGAGACAUGGUGUUCAGCCUGUUCUGGCUGUGAUCAGGUUUUGUAGCGGGGGGGGGCGCUACUCCUGGCAAGGGGACACUUUCAUCAUCUUGGGCUGGUGGCAGGAAAAACCUGGGCACAGUUAUAUAUGAAGUGUCAGGGCCCACCUUAAAGGUAAAGGGUAAAGGGACCCCUGACCAUUAGGUCCAGUCGUGGCCAACUCUGGGGUUGUGGCACUCAUCUCGCUUUAUUGGCCGAGGGAGCCGGCGUACAGCUUCCGGGUCAUGUGGCCAGCAUGACUAAGCCACUUCUGGUGAACCAGAGCAGCGCACGGAAACGCUGUUUACCUUCCUGCCAGAGUGGUAUCUAUUUAUCUACUUGCACUUUGAUGUGCUUUCAAACUGCUAGGUUGGCAGGAGCAGGGACCGAGCAAUGGGAGCUCACCCCGUUGCGGGGAUUCGAACCGCCAACCUUCUGAUCAGCAAGUCCUAGGCUCUGUGGUUUAACCCACAGCGCCACCCUCGUCCCUAUCCCACCUUUAAAGCCCCAUGCAAUUUAGCAGCACCAUGUCACCCACAGUACCCCAAUCUGAGGUGGGUGGCGACUAUUGAGACAGUUUUGCAGUGGUGGCCCCAUUAUUGUGGCAUUCCCUCCCUGUAUGGACUUGCCAACCUUGUUGUCAUUUCAGCACCAAAGACAUUUUAAUUCUCCCAGACCUCUGUGUGUAUUGUGUGUGUGUGUGUUUAAUUCGUUGUUUUGUAUAGCCCAUCAGAUUUCUGAAAAACAGAAAAAACUGCCGGCCUUGCAGAGCUUGUGGUCUGCGGUCUGGGAUUUUUGUUUCCCUACUGUGGACAGGCAAGCUUUGACCCUGUGCAGCCAUUGCCCAGUUCUGUUUGAUUCUGGAGAAGGGAGCAGCUUUGCAUCCCGCAAAGUGAAGAGGCAGCAGGCUCAAGCCAGCAACAAGCCCACCCCUCAAACAAGAUGGCUGCGUCUCCCUCCUUCCUUGGCUGCCUCUACUUGGGCACCUGCUGUCAUCGCCCUUGCCAUUUAUUUUUUAUUUUUUAUUUUUUGGAAGACUCGCCUUUCCCUUCCUCCCAAAUUCCUGCCAGCAGCCACGUGAUGAAGUUGCUGUCUGGCUUCCUCCAGGCCUUUGAGAAGGCCUGUCUGCAGGUGCGGCAAGCCCCUCUCUGCUCUUUCUGAGUCGUACCAUCCAUCCUGGCUCCCUUUGAUGUUUAAACAUGGGAGAGGGAGAGGGCAGAGGGCUCAGCAGUGCCGUGCUGGGACCCUCGGUUGAUGGCCUCAUCUCCCAGCGCUGUAAUGACCAAAUGGGAGGGGGCUCCUUUCAGAAUCCUGUUAAAAUAGUUCCCCUGAGGAUUUUAAUUCUGAACUGCAGGCGCAACCCACCCACUGCACCCCUGGUUUUCCCGCCACAUGGUAUGCCUCUCAUCGUAAUGACUUGCGAGGGUCUGUAACACCCCAGUCCCAAGGCAGGUCCCCAAGUGCCCUGGUGCAAGGGCCUUUUGUUUAAAGACUCUGGCCAAGGGAAUGUGUGGAUGGAGAAGCUCCUUCUCUCCUUUCUUGGAAGGAGUGGGGUGAACCCACACUAUACAAAUAAUUAUUUAUUAUUUAUACCCUGCCCAUCUGGAUGGGUUUCCCCAGCCACUCUGCAAAGGAGUUGGUGCAGCCGGUGGUUGCCUGUUCAGUUUCUCAUAAGCAGGUGCCUUCUGGUUUAACUUUUAAAUGUCUACUGAAAACUCCUAUUCCCCCAGGCCUAUGCAGGCAAUUAAGAAUACAUUUCCCUGCAAUGGUUUAUUGAUGUCUGUUUAUAACCUUUUUUAAAAAAGCAUGUUUUUACUGCAUGGUUUUAUACAUUUUUGUUGCAAAUUGCUUUGAUUUUUUCAAAUGAAAUAGCGUUCUAUAAAUAUUUUUAUAAACAAAAAGUGUUUUCCCACCCUGCAGAGAAUAAGUCCUGGGAUCACAAACACCCACCUUCUAAUUGAGAACAACCUUUCAUUCCUUCUGCAAAGGACCCCUUUGGAGACCCCACCUUAGGACAAUGAGGGUGACCAGCAGACGCCUUUCUUUAGCACAUCCCCAGAGCUGCUUGCGAGCAGAGAAUGGGUCUUCUGCACUCAGGAAAUACCAGGGCAAAGUAGGGGGUGCCUGUGGGAAGGAAAUGCUGAUCAGAGUGUUGGGUGCAACUGAGGCUGUGGAAGGAGUCAGCAGUCGCUUGCUGCCUUAAGCAGAGCAAUUUUGUGUGCAUUUGUGAGCACCUUUCCUAGGGCGGCUCCAGGAAAGCCCAGGGGCUGUCCAUCCUCUGCAGAAAGAUCUGGAACCCAUGUGAUGCAGAGUUUUGGCCGAGCUUGGACAUGAUGCUCACCAGGUGACCCUGAGCUGGCUCCCCAAUCCCCAUGUGAGCCAUAUAUAAGGCAUAGGGUGCCGUUUCUGCCACCCACCCACCCGGUGCACCGCCUCCCAUCAUCAGCAGAGCAAAGGGACAGUCUUCUUCCUCCUCUAGCGGCCUCAUAGUUUUUAGGAGAGCAUGCAGAGGGGCGGUGAUCUCCAGAAGGCCUGCAAAGAGUUAACAGCCCUUUUUUUGAGUGGGAGGAGGGAAACUCAAAGACUUUCCUUCGCACACUGUUUUAUAGAGCAAUUAAAUGGCGGUGAAGAGUUUAUAUGGGCCAACUUCAAAGGUUUCAUUUCAGGGGUUAUGAAAAGAUCUUAGGAGUGUUUUAUUUAUCCAAUUUUGUACCAGAAUGACAUAAACUCUUACCCUCUGCCCACCUGCCUCUCUUAAAACUCCCCCUCCCCGCCCCCAGGGGAGGGCCAGAGUCCCGGCUCCCAGGCCUGCCUUUCCACAUCCUCCCCCAAGCAGUUUGUAAAGUGAGGAGGCAGGUGGGACUCAACAUCUGACCCAGGAUCCGACCGCCCUGAUCCUGAGAGGCCGCGAGGGCCUACCUUUGUAUUUGCAAGCACAGUUUGUGGGGAGGGGGCUUUUAGUGACAAAUGAACCUCGGUAGUCUCUGUCUUUGAUGAGAGACUGCAGCUACAUCACCGCCAGCACCUAGCUGAGAUUCCUUCAUUGCAGGGGAUUGGAUUGGACUGGACCAGACAACCUUGAAGGUCCCUUCCAACUCUACAAUUCUAUCCAAAGUCACAAUAAAUUUUACGCUAGGUUUGAGAGUUUCUAGGCCCUCUUGUUCCUGAAGAUCCUCAGGAGACGUCCUGCUUCCAGUUCUGCCUUGCUAAUGCGUGAAAUAGGGAAGGGUGUGAAAUGGGGUCUUCCCAGUUUGGGGUACUUCCCUAAGAAAACCUGCCGGAAAUUAUGGUCAGGGUUUUCCAAAGACACUGCUAGGACACCCCUCCUGGGCCAGACCCGGGUCCUCUAGCUCAGCAUCCCGGUUCCACCAGCCGCCACCCAGAUGUGCCUGGGGAGCCCGCAAGCAGAGGCAUGAAACAGCCGCCUUCCCCUGAUGUUCCCCCACCCCAGUCACUGCCUUGCUACCCCUGAAGGGAGAGGCUCCUUUAGCUGUGGUGGUGAAUAGCUGCCCACCGACCUGCCUCCCUCAAAUUUGUUUCACUUGGUGGACCACCCACCCGCGUGCCUGUAUGAAAAGCGCUGGGUCUCUGCGCGUUUCUGCUGCUUUUUAUUGCUUGCCUGCAUUCUGGGUCGUUAAUUGCUUUUGCAAAUUUUGUGAUGCUUGCUUUUACACGGCUAGCUGCUGCAAGCUGCUUUGAUGUUAAAAGUGUGAUGCAAAUGAAGGGCAGUAUAGGAAUUUAAUAAAUAGUAGUAAUAAUAACAAUUUUAAAAGUAAAUGAAGCUUCCAGUAUGUCUAGCCCAGGAUAAAAAUGGGCACGUAUAUUUUUCAAAUAUAAAUAGUGGAAGUAUAUAAAAAAACACUGUUUCCCAUCUUUCUCAGUCACUGUGCUGCAGCCUUCUCUGUCUUCACCAGGCCAUUUUCAGCUGCAGUCCUGAGCCAUCCCCCUUUCAGUCCCCAGUCCUCUGAUCCGUGAAAUAAUAUUUCCACAGUCCCUUUGGAGUACAACCUGGAGACUUGCGUGGAGGGGGAAGAGUGGGCAGGAGGGCAGCACUAGCUCAGGUGGGGCAAGGGUCCUUUGUCGGGCCACUGGCUGGAGGAGCGAGGCCCUGUGCCAUCCUGCCCACCCCACACCUGAAGUGCCCAGCCGCUUCCACAUCCCACCUGGGCAUUGGGCACCAGCAUGAAGCAGCCCCCUCCCUAACUCUUUGCUUGAAUUUUGUGGCAGGAAGACAUUCUCUUUAGUGCAGAAUUCAAACAAAAAGCCUGGGUCGUUUAAAUGCCCAAAUUCAGAAUGAGAAGGCGAAAGUAGAGACAGGGAGGCUGCUGCAGUCGUGACUCUCACAGACAUGACCAGAGAGCUGUUGGCUGCCUGUCCUCCCACGAGUUCCUGGCAGGGUUUCUGUACCUACUCUGCUCCUUUGAGGGAGUUUUGUGAGGGUUUCCACUGUUGCCAUGCUGGGGCUGUGCUGCAGACAACCAGGCUGGACAACCACGUGUUUUAGUUUAAACUUCUGCAAGGCGCUUCUUCAUCUUCCUGCAGUGGCUGCUCUCUCUGCCCAGGCUAAUUUGGCUGCCUUCUUCCUUUUCAGUGAGAACGAGGCGCUGUGGCGGGAGGUGGCCAGUUUGCGGCAGAAGCACGCCCAGCAGCAGAAGGUGGUGAACAAGGUAAGCCCAGCCUUCACUUCUCAGCAAAGGGCAGCUUCCUCCCUGCCCUGUGGGCCACACAGUCAGCUGGAGGCCUGGGGCUGCUGACCUGCAGGGGGCUUGGCCAAUGGACCCCCCAGAGCCUUGAGGGUGAAGGGCCACUGUCUCUUAAGGACAGGAAACAAGACCUCUUUCAGCCAGCUUCCCACUGCCUUGGCAUGAUUCUAGAUUGGAAGUUUUAUAUCACGGUCUUUCCGAUCCAAUUUUUCUCUCUGCGUAGUUGGCCCAUCAGAUCCCUGCAUUCUGUUUUUUCAGUCAUGGAUUUGUGUUGCUGUUCCACCACUUGCCAUACACACCAGUCAGGAGAAACUUUCAGAAUAUAGGGGGAUUACCCCCUUCCACCUGUUUUGGGCACAUGCACAGAAAUUUUUUCCCCUGUGUGUGCACCGCUCUAAAACCAACAACAACCAUUUCCCCUGUGUGCAUGAGCAGUGCCAAUUCCACAUCUGGAAGCACUCGUGGAUGAUGAGACUACAGAGCAUGUACAGAGAGUCUUCUGUUUGCUCCUGAGAGAACCCCACAUACCUGUCCCUGGGAGUGAGGUCCUGAGUCCAGCCUGCUGGGUUUUCCAUGCUGGUGGUCAGCUGCGCGUGUGCUGGGGGAGGGGUCUCAGAGAUCUGAGCAGGGUGGUCCUUUCCAGAGUGCCUUUGGAUCUCAGUCCAGCAGGAUUCCCCCUCCUCCAGCUAGAAGUGUGCAUCGCGCUUGGUGACAUUUCGUUUUCUCUCCCACAGCUCAUCCAGUUCUUGAUCUCGCUGGUGCAGUCCAACCGUAUCCUUGGAGUGAAGAGGAAGAUGUAAGUGGGCCUCAUCCAGAGGCCAUGCUUUGAUUCUCCUCUUGGCUGAGAGCAUCUCCCAGGGUGACUCAAGGACCAUCCAUGGCGUUUAAGCACAAGCCCAGCCUCUCAUUGAGACAUUUCCACCUAGAAAACUCCAGACUUGCCUCUGAGAAGCACCUCUGGGAGGAAUUCCCCUCUGCGCCUGCCUCUUCCUGCCUAUACUCUUCCUGUGCCCUUUCUGCAGGAAUACUUUGGUUAUCUGCUCAUUCCCCCCUAAACUCUCCUCCUCCCCACUCCUGAUCCAUUGAUUAUGUUUCUGCUGUUCUUUGAGUUUCCUUUUUGUAGCUUUAUGAUCUGUGAUUCCUAUAUGAAGGGGUUGGACUAGAUGACCCUUGGUGUCUCUUACAAUUCUAUAAUUCUGUGAUUCUUAAUUUUCUUCCUCUGCAUAAGGCUGAGAAGCACCUACAUGCUGCUUGUGAAGUGGGGGGUGUCUUUGAAAACAAACACACAGGAAGGGAUAUGGCGAUGUGAUUUUGCAAGAGGGCAGCUCUCUUUGCUCCAGCAGGAAAGCAGGAGAUGCCUUAAGGCUACAGAUGGGCUCAGGUGCUCCUUUGCAAGAAGGCAGUCCUGGAGUGGAGCACACGCAAGUGGCUUCAGUGGGCUAGUCCUGGGUCCAACGAAAUGGGAGGAGCCCCCAAGGCCAGCUCAGUCCCCUGUGGGCAGCACACCUGCUCUGGUCCCUGUCAGCCAGAGUAGCAACACAGCCUGCAAACCCAAACCUGUUUCAGGGCUCCUGCUUCCAGAAAGCAUCCUGAGCUGACCCUAGAGCAGGCAUAGGCAAACUUGCCCCUCCAGAUGUUUUGGGACUGCAACUCCCAUCAUCCCCAGCUAACAGGACCAGUGGUCAGGGAUGAUGGGAAUUGUAGUCUCAAAACAUCUGGAGGGCCGAGUUUGCCUAUGCCUGGCCUAGAGGGUGGGCUGAAACUGCCUGUCAGGAGUGAUCUCUUCAGAAGUUGUGUAAGCAGGAUGGUGCCCUCUGCAGUCUGGUAGCCCCUUUGGUGCAUGCCUGCCGCCUCUGCUCUCUGUGUCUCACGGCUGUCUCUGGCUUUCCCUUCCAGCCCCUUGAUGUUGAACGACAGCAGUUCGGCCCACGCCAUGCCCAAGUACAGUCGCCAGUACUCUUUGGAGCACGUCCACAGCCAGCCUCCCUACUCCGUAAGUAUUUGGCUUGGGCAGAGGGAAGCUGGGCUCAGGGGCAGCCCCAAGGAGGCAACCACCUUUUGGACCCUCAAGGCUCCUAGGGCCUCAUGCCAAUAUCUGUCCUCCUCACAGGCCUCUCCCCCGGCAUACAGUGGUGCGAACCUGUACUCCCCGGACCCCUCCGCCAACUCCGGCCCCAUCAUCUCUGACGUCACAGAACUGGCCCAGUCCAGCCCCUCUGCCUCUCCCAGCAACAGCCUUGAUGGAAGGUACGCAGCAGCCCAGCUUUGCUUGGUUCCCUGUGUGGGCGCCCAGAUGGGCAUGGAGGGCACAGUCACUUCUGGUUGCAGGGGGAGGGGACGUCCAAGGCACCAAAAUGGGGAGGCUGCCUGGGGGGUGGGGGUGGAACAGAACUGCCAACUGCAUAGGCCCCAAGGCUCUCUUGCGACUCCUGGCCUUUGGCAGAUGUGGCCGGCAACUUUUCCCUCUGUGUCCAGGAUGGCUGAAAAGUGGGGUGGCUAAAAAUUCAUUUGAGUCAGUCAAGAUUUUCAGCAAAUUUCUAAACCAAAGUGAUGGGGUGUGGCAUGGAAGUCACUAAGGGUCAAUCAAGUUUCAGAGGCGGUAAUCUCAGGAUGGUUCUUCCCAUAGAAGAACUGCUCAGUCCAGGGCUUGCUGGGUGUUCAUUUACACACCGUUUGCGGAGGUUAGUUAUUCUGGGUCACUGUGUGCUUCUGUGGAAGCCUGAAUUCUGCCGUCCAAAGAGGGAGGGAGAGAGAAGCACCUCCUGCUUUUCGUUCACAAGAGAUUUUGCCCAGGAGUCCCUCUUCUUCCCAGGUGUGGUUGGUUUUCCUUCUGCUCCCUUUGACCUGUGACUCACUCAAGGCUGGUGGACUGAGCUGAGCCCCAGGAUGCCUGGCUGUGUAAACGAACCCAAAGAGUGAGAGCAGCAAUUUCUGUUGGUGCUUGGAAUGCCAGCCUGUGUAGCUUUGCAUAUGGGCAGAGCUGCCUUGGCCUCAUUGAGGACACUCCCUUUGGAGGAGCUGCACUGAGCCCACUGCAGCCACAUGUUCCCCAUCCCUGCGCGCAGAGCCUGAGCUCCUGGAGGGCCACCAAGGGCGUUUUUCUCAGAGCCCUGUGCCCAGAAGCCCUUUGUCUUGUGCUGCUGAGCCAUGAAGGGUCCGCUUGGCAAAGCCUUCUCUGCGUACAGGAACCCGUAUCUCCCAGCCCUUGAAGUGGAGGGGACCUUCCUGGUUCUCUGCCCCAGACAGUUCCCAAGGCCAGCUGAGUUGUGAGCCGGACGCUGCUGGCACUGGGGCAGAAUCACUCGCCACAGCGGCAGCCCCCGUCUCUUGCCCUGAGUGUGCUUCUCCGCCAGGAACCUUCGCUCCGAAAUGGGAACCAGAUGCUUGCCUAAGUGGGUCAUCACAGCUUUGUUCUUUUAUACCUGGCGACAAUUCCAGUGGGGCUAAUUGAACCUCCCACAUAAAGCCGUUUCGGGGAGUUUGGGUACUGGAGGGAAUUUCCAUCUGCCAGAGAAACUAUGUUCACCCCCCCCCCCUUUCCCAUCUUCGUCUCUCUUUUAAAAAUCCCCGCUGCUGAGAAGCCACGGGUGGAGGAGGGGGUGGCAGAGCUUAGACUGAUUCAUUUCCCAAACCUCGGAAGAGAGGAAACGUGCGGCAGGACGAGCAGAUCCAAAGGGAGAGAGACAAAAGAGAGCUUCCUGGGGUUGUCUGAGAGUCCUGCAUUUCCCAGAGUGGGCCAUGGUGUCCCCUGGCAAGGGGGCUCUGGGGGUGUACAUGACUUUGGAAAGCUGGUAGCACUGGAUCACGCUCCUCAGUUUGGUUGAAUUAAUGAAUUAAGUUUAUUGUAUUAUUAAUCUUCCUUGAUGGAGUGUGCAAACUGCUAUUCUGAAUAAUUUUUACAGGGUAGGGCAGGGGGCACUGGGGAUGAGUUAAUGGAACCAAGGGGGUGGGGGCCAGAAAAAGUUUGGCACCCACCAUUGUAGAGAACAAAUGGUGGCAGCUGCUGACCAUGUAGGAAUACUGCUGUCCCCCCAGGGCUCACGUCUUACUUUCUUUCCAUCCUUCUGUCUUAGGAGUAGUCCCGUGAUCCACAUCAAAGAGGAGCCCCCCAGCCCCUCUCGCAGCCCUCUGAUUGAAGAAACCAGCCCCAUCGGCACUCCUGCCAUCGAGAGCCCCCUCUCUCCCUCCGCCUUCAUCGACUCCAUCUUGCAGGAUGAGAAGCCCAGGGGCGUCAUGGCCGCAGCCCCUCUUGCCGACAGUGGCGGCAGCAGCACAGCCGCUGAACAGGCCCAGUCCCCCGAAAAGUGCCUCAGUGUCGCCUGCCUGGACAAGUAAGUGUGGGGUGCGCAGGAAGCACCUGGCUGCUGCCCGACGGUUACUGGCUGGAUCCAGUGGGUCCCUAACCUUGUCCUGCCGUCAUCAUCGCCAUCCUUAUCCCUUCCCCCAUUCUCUUUGCCAACCUGCUUCUUUGUCUGGGGGGAGGGGGGUGCUUUUAUUGACAGCAUUUAUAUCCCACCUUCCCCCCCAAGGAGUUCAAGGUGGUGCACUAGGUGCUCCUCCUCAUUUUAUCCCCACAACCCUGCAAGGGAGGUUGGGCUGAGAGGAGGCAGUGACUGGCCCAAGUGGCGAUGUGAACCUGGUCUCUCAAGUCCUGGUCCAGCGCUGCCUCUCGCCAAUGUGGCUGCAGCCCAUUCUUCAGGCACGGUGCAGCCUGGAUUGCCAAUUGCUGCAGCCCUGAGCUGAGCCACUUUGUCCCAGGCUCGAAUCCUGCUUGCCCGUCUCCCUCAGGGGCACCUGGUUGGCCACUGUGGGGCAAGAUGGGCCACUGGGCUGAUUUAGCAGCCAGGCUCUUCUCUUGCUCUCGCAUCAGUCCUGACAGAGGCAGUGAGUCUGCAGCUGGACUGAAGCCGUUCGAUCUGAAGCUGGAGGCUAUGGGGCUGGAAGAAAGCUAACUUGCCAGGGAGAAGAUCACUAGGCUAGUCUGCCCCCCGGCCUGCAAGUCUUCUAGGCGUGAGGGCGGAUGAGGUUCUUCCAUAGAGUCACAGAACUGUAUAGAGUUAGAAGGGACACGCAAGGGUCAUUUGGUUCAACCACUGGCAAUGCAAGAGUCCUUCCCCCCACUUGUCCCUGGGUGGGCUCGAACCACCAACCUUCAGGCGCACUGUUUCAUUUUGGCCUCUUAAGCCCUCCACUGCAGCAGAGGCUCAGGGGGAGCCGGGCUUCUGCAUGUCUCCUUUUGUCCCGAGAAGAGGAAAGGCCAGGAUUCCCCUCCAGCCCAGGGAUCCUGAGAUCUGUUUGCAGUGCCCGGAGAGCCAGCUGUGGAUGUCUUGACCCUCCAGGUCUUGGAGCAGACUACCUUCAGGCUGGUUUUAAACUUCUAGCCAGCCCAUCCCAAUAGCCUAGCCACGAGCCAGCGGGUGGUCAGUGAGGGAAGCCCAGGAGAGCAAGAGGCAGCAGCCCCUUCCCUUCCUCUCUCUCUCUGUCCAGCCUGGCUGUGGAUUCCUGGCCUCCCUCAUCGCCUGCUAGAGGGGUGGUGCUGUCAGUGGUGUGGAAGGAAGGCUCCAAAACCCAGGAGGAGGUUCCCUGGGCCAGAUAAGAGGGUGGUCCUGCAGCACUGACAGAGGCACAGGGGUCCUAGCAGAGGAUGCCCAAUUCUCAGUGGCAUAUUUGGAGACAGGUGUGGGCUGUUUCUCCUCCUCUGCAAGGGUUGGGUGUGGGCCUUGCCAGCCCACUGGACAUGGGGGCUUCAUAGUGCUGGCUGCUCAUGCCUCUGUGCCCCUCCCACAGUUGCAACUGGAUUUCAGCUCCGGACAGAGCAUCCUGGCUUCCUAGGCCCAUGGCCCUCCUUGCUCUGUGCUCUGGGCAUUCUUCAGUGCCCUGUGUGUGAGGAAGCAGGAACUCCCAGGGGCUGCUUGGCAGAGAUCAGGGGGUGCGGGUCAGUAGCCCAUGCCACAGGACAAGCAUGUCCACACUCAGAUUGCGCACUUUCAGUGGAGGCCUGCCAAGGAACCUGGAGAUCUGGAACUGAAGGGAGAGGUGGUCUGUCGGGGGGUGGGGAGGCACCUAUUUUUGCUCCCCAGGAACAAGGAGAAGAUGGUGGAUCACAGAAGUGCUGAGAGGGCUGCCGCUUGCCUGUUGCUGGAAAACGCAGGAGGGUAGAGGGCUGCUCUUGCACUUGGAUCCUGCUUGCGGGCUUCCCAUGGGGACACCUGGUUGGCCACUGUGGGAAUAGGAUGCUGGACUAGAUGGGCUAUUGGCCUGAUCCAGCACAGUUCCUCUUAGGUUCUUACCACCAGGGGGCAGAGGACAUGCACUUCCUGUCCUGGGAAAGUCGGUCGUUGGAUGCAAAACAAGCUGGUUGAGGCCAGUGAGUUGCAAGUACCUGAUUCUGCUGGUGGAAUGCGGAGGUUUCGGCCCUCAGUCCCCCAGAGAAGCGCAGUUUGGAUCAGGCACCUGCCCCAAGGAACAGGAAUACGCUUGCUGGUUCCCUUGUGCAGGCAGCAUCCCACCUUCCCUUCUCUCCCUGCCUGCCCCGAUGUGGGAUCCCUCCGGUCAGCUGCUCUUUGCUCUCUUCCCAGAGUUGAUUCCCACCCAGGGCCUCCCUCUUGCUCUUCCUGGAGGGGGUCGGCUGCCUGCCCUUCCUUGCCUUUUGAAAGUAACCUCCGUUUCCUCCCUGAAGGUGCCGAACUCUCUGGGGCUCCUGAAUCCGAAUGUUCCUCUUCUCUUUGUAUCUUUCAGUUUGGCUCGCCCUCCGCAGAUGUCCGAAGUCACCUGCCUUUUCCCCAGCCCUUCCUCUGCCUCACUGCACUACAGACCACAGCAAGGGUUAGCAUUUACAUUGCUUGCUGCCCCCCAGGCACUGCGCCACCAGGGAGUGCUGGGGGGAGGUGUCCCUUCUGCCAGGCCCUCGGCGCAUCUUCCACAUUGUGCUGGGAGGGUCAUUUACUUUGGGGAUUGGGUGCCACACUCGGUUCAAACCGGAGUUGAACCCACAACGUUGAAAACACCUUUUUGAAACACCCGUCCCUUGUGGCUCGGGGGGUGGGGUGGAGAAAGGUAAAUCCUGAAGCACCUUCGUACGCUGAAGUAAUCCCUCCCAAUAUGGGGCACCCCAUUGAGGGAAACCGUAUCUCCGUGGUGGAGCGUCAGAAGAUCCCAGGUCCAAUCCCUGCUGCAGGGCCGGCCCACCCAUGAGGCAAGGCAAGGCGAUUGUCUCAGGCGGCAGGGUCUACAGAUCCUGCCCCUAAGAACUGCACCCCCCGCUUGUUCUGUUGAAUGUCCGUCUCGCUGCGAACAGCGGCAGUGCUGGGGCGUCCAGCCCGCUUCCUCUGCGUCUCCCUGCUUCUCCCGGCUGCAGCAGAGUGUCUUGCGCAGCGGUGUGCCUGUGCGAAAGGAAUCUCAGGCCUGCAGAGAAACUCUCGUACAACUGCUGCUUGUAUUCUACGAAGCGUUUAUUGUACAGCAGCAAAACAACAACAGCCAGGAGAAAGCGAAGACAUGCUUCUUCUGUCGCAGCCAAAACAGAAAGUAAAGACGUUCACAUCACUUCCCUAGAGCUGUUAACCCUGUAAGCUCUGGGUAUCCUCACACCGCUAGUGCUGCAAUGGCAGCAACAGCCGCAGCGCACUCCUCGAAGGCCAGAUCUGUGCCCCUGCCCAAAUGCUGCCCCUACAGCGGCCUCUUGGCGCACAGGAGGUGCUCCGGGUCUCCCCCCACCCUGCUCUUGAUGUAGCUCUUCACUUGCCCCUUCUUCCUUGGUGGGGUUCUUUGUGGUUCGCCCCAGGUGAACUCCAAAUGGCAGGCAGCAGGUUUCCUGGCAUUUUAAACGUGUACAGAACUGGCCUCCUGCCUGAGCUGUCAAGUCUGCUUCAGGCGAUUUGCCUUCGGACUGAGCGGCCACAACUCCUGGUGGAGAGUUUGCCCCAAAUGCACUUCCCUGGUUCCCCGUCUGUCUUUGAAUGGCUCCGCCCUUCCCAGUCCCCAUCUUCAGUCCAUGUCUAUAAUCUGAUUGGCUACUCCGGGGCGGCCCCCGCCUUCCGCUCCACAGAAGGGGCUUGGGCCCAGCCCUUGCGCCCCCAUUGGCUCUUCACCAGCACCAGUUUUAGGCUGCUUCUUCUGCUUGGGGAGGGCGCUGGCCCUUGAGAGCCCCGAGUCUAAGCAGUGAGGCUUUUCCUGCUGAUCUGUAAACUGAACCAAGGCAGGCUUGCAGAAACCGGAAGGGUUACACAUGUCAGUGUUUGUUAAAAAAAAAAAAGGAAAGGGUUCUGACCUCCCUUUGUCUCCUCAGCCUGGUCCUCAGACCCUUGUCGGCAUAAAAGAGUCCACAAGAAUAUCCUUGCAGAGUGCUUUCUGCUUUUAUUCUUAAAAGUCUUUGUGCAAAAGCGACUGACCAACUCCACUACCAGCUUUCACUAACCAACCAACCAACCCAACAACAAACUAACAUUUCUCACUCUCUAUAUACAACCCAGUGCAGGCCGCUGACUCAUGCUGACCCAGCUUUUUUAAGCAUUAAAGAAACAGCGGCCAUUUUAGCCGUGACAACACACUGGUAGCCGUAGCCACUGGGUCUAUUCGGGGGGGGGGGGUGAUGGCAGGCCUGUGCAACAGCUAUUCCAGAGCAGGCAGGAAGGGAUGUGUUGCUCCUCUUAAGGUUUUGGGCAAGGAGGCUUCUGAGAGGCAGCCGGGCUCAAAGCCAUUUCCUCCUCCUCGACCAAAGAGCAAGCUGGAGCCCUUGGUGGGUGAGGGGAGCACAAGGGGGCCAGGAAGAUGGGGUGGAGAUGCACUUGGCCCAGGAGGACCCCUAGGAACCAUGAGGAGAGCCCUGCUGGAUGAAACCCAAAGAAGCCCUCCUCACCUUGUGGCCAACCAGGUGCCUCUUGUGGAGUUGAACUCUGUGGCAGCCCUCUCCUCCUUCCUGCUGUUCCCCAGCUGCUGGCAGUUCAGGGACACGGGCCUCUGGUCCUGGAGGAAGCAGGCAGCCAUCCUGGCCCUCGCUGCCAUCUCUUCUCUCGUGUCCCCAGGAACGAGCUGAACGAGCACUUGGACACCAUUGACUCCAGCUUGGAUAACCUUCAGACCAUGCUGAGCACCCACGGCUUCAGCGUGGACACCAGCGCCUUGCUGGACGUGAGUCUUCCGCUCAGGAGUCCUUACGCCUAGCGGGAGGGGCAGUUGGGGGGGGGUUGUUCCUCACUCUGCUAACAUUAAUCUCUGCUUUCCCUCCCUCCCUCUCUCUCUCUCUCUCUCUCGCCAACAGCUCUUCAGUCCUUCAGCGACAGAUUUGAACUUGCCAGAUCUGGACAGCAGCUUGGCCAGUGUGAGUUUGCUGAGGGAGUUAUCCGUCAAGGACCUCCCCUUUCCUCAUUUGUAGGCCAGCCCCACAUGGCUCUCCACCCGCCCUGCCUCCUCGGAGAACCCCGGCCGGCUGGGUGAUGUCAUCCCAUCAGCGCCUCUUCUCAGGCACUGCUAAUGAGGUGCUGAGUGGGCCUUUCUCAGCGCAGCCUUCUGAUCAGCCCCUCCCGCCAUCAGCUGAGCAGACUCCCCAGAGCUGCUCUCUGGAUGUGAUGAUGGGAAGAUGAUGCUGAGCCUGAGGCUGCCUGACUCCCAACACAUCCCUCUAAAGCCCUUCCUGCGUUUCUUCACCGCCACCCACCAAGGCACAGCCGGGAGGCUGCAGAAGACCGGCCCAGAUCUGAUCCUGGAGGAAGCGCUCCUGCACCAGCCCCAUUGAAGUGAAGGGGAGCUCUUAGGCAAGAGCUCUUCUGCAGCUCUUGUUUAUUUCAGUGGGGCCUGUGCAGGAGAACUUCCGCUGGAUUGUGCCCUGGAGUCAGGGAGGUGGUGGACCCACGUAGUGCCAGCCAGCUAGGGGCUCUCCUGUGCGUGGGGGUGGCUGGGGGCGGGGAGUACGGCUGGGGCUUGACUCCCGUGAGAUACGCACACCAAAGCCGCCUCCUUGCUCUCUGGGCCUCGCAGGCUUUGGCUCAGCAGCGCCUCCUCUCCCUUUGCAGAUCCAAGACCUCCUCUCCUGCCAGGAGCAGCAGAAGCCGGCAGAAGUGGAAGACUCUGCAGCAGACACAGGUGGGCAUCCUGGCUGCUCCUCUCCUCUCCCUGCCCCCACCCGCCUGCCAAUUCCGCACGCUGCUUCUCUGCAUCCACCUUUCCUCCAAGGCCAGGCAGGAGCAUGGACAUCCUCACAGCUGAACGAGCCAUCCUGGCCCACGCAGGGGGAAACUGAGGCAUGCGGGGGGGGGGGGCGUGUUUCUGUCGCCUGUUUGACCCGCCUCCUCUCCCUCCAAGUCACGCUGCCGCAGUGGGGGUCUGCCUUGCUCUGGGGGCAGUCAUGACUUUCCAACCGAGAGAGGGUCCUCCUUCCCACAGCCUCAGAAUCCUAGAAUUUUAGGCUUGGGGGGACCCCAAGGGUCAUCUGGCCCACCCCCUUGGAAUACAGUCCUUCCACCUGCCCCCCUGGCCCCCCAGCCUUGCCCCCCACCCCCUUUCUGAUGGUGUCUCUGCCCUUCCCGUAGGCAAGCAGCUGGUCCACUACACAGCGCAGCCCCUCUUCCUGGUUGACUCGAGCUCCAUGGACAUGGCCAACACGGAAAUGCCCAUCUUCUUUGAGCUGGACGAAGGACCCUGCUUCACGGAGGACGAGUACUUGGAGGACCCCACCAUCGCCCUCCUCUCGGGGGCGGAGACGCCCAAGCCCAAGGACCCCUCCGUCUCCUAAGGCCAGGCCUGGGCCAGUGUGGAAGGAAGGCCGGACUUCAGGAAGGGCCAGCCGCCCCCUUGCUUUGCUCCAGUGACGUUGCGGACGAGCCCCCUGCUCUCCCCUUUGGCCAGGCUGCGAGGGUGUGUUUGUGUCUGUGCUUCGGGUGCCCACCCCUCCGGGCGGCGGCUCUGGGGGGGCACUGUGGCUUGGGGGGUGGGCCAGGGGGGAAGCCCAUUGGCAGAAGACGUGUGUGUGUUCCUUGGCUGCUGCCACCGCCUGUUUCGGGUGCCAGGCGCCCUAGGCCUGGACCCUAAGCGCCGACCCCUUGCCCUGCCCUCUAGGCGGAGAGGAAGGAGAGCAAGCGAGCGAGGAGGGGGUCGCGCUCACUGGGGAGGGGAAGGAGAAAAGGAGGCGGAGAAUUCCCCCUCCCGUCGGGAUGGACUUGCUGGCAUUUCAAGAGAAGUGAGAGUGCCUCUCGCACCCGGGGCUCAGGGGCUGUCACGUCUGCCGUUGCGUGUGUCCCCGAAUGUUACAGGGCGCCUGGGCAGGAGGGAGGAGGCUGCCCCACCCCCUCCCCCCUCCCCCAUGGGGCUUGUUUCCCUUGGCUUAGCAGUAAAGAAUUUGUACAUUUGCAUUUUGAUUGUUACUAGAAGAAAAUUGUAUUUUGGAUUUUUACAUGAGAGAAGAAGCCCCCUCCUCCCCCUCAGCCUUCCUCUCUCC